AUGACGUGGUUCACCUAUGUUAAGGUCUUUGCAAUUGCUCAUCUGCUUAGUUUUUGCAUAGCAACAAGCCAGAAACCAAUUGGCCCAGAUACCAACAAUCAAUUUACCAAGCUUCGGCAAGACAACACAGCAUGCCCAUCGUACGGUGAGGCCCAGUGGACUGGGACUGUCCGCGUCAGCGAGGGACACGAGAUAUUCUACUGGUACUUCGACAGUCGAAACGAUCCCAAGAAUGAUCCAGUUAUCCUCUACAUGAGUGGCGGUCCUGGGGCCUCGUCUAUGAACGGUGCAGUGGCUGGAUUGGGCCCUUGCUCCCUGAACUCCAGUAAGGAUCAUACCACGACUCCCAAUCCAUGGGCCUGGAACAGGAACGCGUCGCUGCUGUUUAUUGAUCAGCCAUCUGACACGGCCCAAGACUUUCAGCAGUUUCUCAACAUUUUCUUCAAGGACGUCUUCCCAGACAAGUAUCGCCUACCACUGCAUAUCGCAACUGCUUCCUACGGUGGACACUAUGGGCCAGUAUACCUUGACUAUAUUCUACGAUCUCGUCGCUACGACUCCAAUUUCGCGUUUUGGGGCAAUAUCCAAUCGCUUAUCCUGAUCGACGCUGUCAUUGACUUCACAGCCCAAGCAGCAGGCGCUUAUGCUACUGUUUGCAAAGACCGCGAAGAAGUUGGUUUACUCAAUGCGACGGCUUGUGAGUCCAUGGCAAGGCAUCUGCCAGAGCAAUUGCGGCUAGGCCGGAGCUGCCAAAAUGUGUAUCACGGUGAAGAAUGCCGCACAUCGUAUGACUUUGGUCAGAAGUAUAUCCAUGGGCCUAUGAAUGACCUGGUCGAACAGCACAAGGUGAAUCUUGGUAAUAUUAAAAAAGGAUGUGACCCUAGGAGUGAGUGGCCUUUUUGCUUGCCACCUGGAUACGUCGAUGUGACGGAAUACUUUUCACAAAAGAGGAUCAAGGAAGCCAUAGGUGUUCCAGAACCCUUUGUUUUUCGCCCUGUGAACCUCGAAAUGCACCUUGCGUUCCGCAACUAUGGAUCGCCCUGGAAUCCAACCACGAAGGAACUGGCAGCGGUCCUGGAUGCUUACACCGAGAAGCCACAACUUGCUGAUAUUAAGGUUCUGGUUAUGAAUGGUAAACUUGACUAUGUGGUUAAUACAGCCGGUAAUAUUUGGCAGUAUGAUAGACUAGAAUGGGCUGGAUUGGCGGAGUAUCAAGCAAACACUUGGCGUCCGUUAGAAGAUGGCAUGGGUGUAAGAGGCGAAUGGAAGGCCACCCAUGACGGACGACUAGCAUUUGUUGCCAUCGAAGAUGGGGGCCACUUUGUGACCAGCGAACAAAAGGAAGGGACUUUCCAUAUUGUCCAGAAAUGGCUUGAAGGACAAUGGCAUAUGUAAAUGUCUUCUAUUUGCUUCGAGAUAGUUAUUCUAGUGAGAGUAGAAUUUAUUUAUACUUGAUAUCUAUUUUUACAUGGAGCAAAGUUACUCCGGGGUUACCAG